AUGUCUCCGGCGGCUGCGGCGGCCGGAGGAGGCGAGUGUCGGCGGCGGCCCAUAGCAAGUGUCAGGGCUGGCAGGGGCCGGGGUGGGGGCUGCGGCGGUCCUGCCGGGGCGGCGGUCCUCGGCUUGUCGCUCUUCGGCCUUGUGCUGUAUCUGGUUCCGGCGGUAGCUGCGUUGGCCUGGCUGGCCGUGGGGGCUACCGCGGCCUGGUGGGGACUGAGCCGCGAGCCCCGAGGUUCGCGCGCCUUAUCCUCUCUGGUUCGGAACGCGCGACGUCGGCGACCACUACUCGCUUCGCCUCCAGCCAAGUCUGCGGUAAACGGAAAUCUCCUAGAGUCGCGGACCCUACUCGAAGGACCUGACCCUGCUGAACUGCUCCUCAUGGGUAGUUACCUGGGCAAACCUGGCCCGCCGCAACCUGUCCCCGCUCAGGAGGUUAGGGAACUGCGGGAGAGGCCUAGUCGCCGCCUACCCGCCUGUUCCGCACCUUUGGCUUCACCAACCCAUCGUGUACACCAUGUUUACCCUACUCUCCCCACCCCUCUUCUCCGAACCUCUAGGAGGCCUUUCCACAGGGAGUGUGGGAGUUUAUCAAAUCGAUUUGUAAUAACACCUCGAAGACGAUAUCCGCUCCAGCAGGCCCAAUAUUCGUUUCUGGGGGUACUUCCCACAGUAUGCUGGAAUGGUUGUCCAAAGAAGACUGUGUUAUCUGUUCGUAAUUCCAGGAUGGGAAUUAGCCCAGUGACUGUGAGGAUUGCCCCUCCUGACAGGAAAUUGACUCAAUCUACAAUGCCAGAGCAGGUAAUCAGCUCAGCACUGUCCUCACCAUCAAGUAAUGCCCCAGACCCAUGUGCAAAGGAGACUGUUCUGAGUGCCCUCAAAGAAAGGAAGAAAAGGACAGUGGAGGAGGAAGACCAAGUAUGUACUGAUGGCCAGGAAAAUAAAAGAAGGCGCCAUGAUAGCAGUGGGAGUGGACAGUCAGCGUUUGAGCCUCUGGUGGCCAAUGGAGUUCCCGCUUCUUUUGUGCCAAACAUUAAGCUCUGGAAGAGAAGUGGCCCCACUUCAUCACCCUUCUCUAGCCCAGCCUCAUCCCGCUCCCAGACACCAGAGAGGCCAACAAAGAAAAUAAGAAAACCAACUUGGCAGACAAAAUUAUCCAUUUCUGGAAGAGGGAAGAAUGCAAACAAGUCUAGAUUUCUUUCUUUAGUUGCAGAUACAACUACAUGGAAGAAACAAAACUCAUGGAAUUCCCCAUCUACACCUGGCAGCUCUGGGCAGCGAAAACGGAAGAUUCAGCUACUGCCUUCUAGGCGAGGGGAACAGCUCACUUUGCCUCCACCUCCCCAACUUGGCUAUUCAAUCACUGCUGAAGACCUGGACUUAGAAAAGAAAGCUUCAUUGCAAUGGUUUAACAAGGUUUUGGAGGAUAAGACUGAUGCUGCCUCAGCUUCUGUUACUGAGACUCCACCUACCACUCAGCCUUCAUUUACCUUUACCCUCCCUACUGCCGGAACUGCCUCCUCCCUGGCCUCCCUCCCAUCCCCAAGCACUAACCCACUGUUAGAGAGCUUGAAGAAAAUGCAGAAUUCCCCAGGCCUCCCAUCCUUCCCAGAAUCUUCUGGAGUGGCAACCACUGAGGCCCAUUCACCUCCAAAGACACCCAGCCUUCUGGCCCCUCUUGGCUCUUCACAGUCAGGGCCCCUUCCAGGCACCUCUACAGACUCGAAAUCAACAGUCACAUUCAUGAGUCUGGUCCCUACUUCUUCCACGAUACCAGUCACUGACAUCAAGUCACCUCCAGUCCUUCCAACAGAGACAGCUGCCAAACCCCAAGCCCCGUCUGCCCCAUCCCCCACCCCUAAGCAAGGUUUUUUAUUUGGAAUGCUGAGCACCCCACCUUCUAAUCCUCCUUCUGUUGUUCCUGCUGUGUCUUCAGCAUCUCCCAUGUUCAAGCCCAUUUUUAUGGCCCCACCUAAGAGUGAGAAUGAAGGCCCUGAGCCAUCUGGCCCUUCAGUCACAACCACAGCAUCCUCCACCUCCACCCUCCCCACGACCUCCAGUACCUCGUCCCUGACUUUCCAGCCUAUCUUUAGCAGCACAGGGCUGCCUCCAUCUGCGCCCUUGUCAGCUCCCAUCUUCAAGCAGACGACUACUCCAGCCACUGUUGCAGCCACAUCAGCCCCUCUCUUCACUGGGCUGGCCACUGCCACCUCUACAGUGGCAUCCAUCAGCACAGCCAGUACCUCUGCAGACUCUGCUUCAAAGCCUGUUUUUGGCUUUGGUGUAAACAGUGUGAGCAGCACCGUGAGCAGUGUGACAAGCACCACCACUUCCAUUGCACAGCCUUUCCUCUUUGGGGCACCCCCUGCCUCUAGUGCCAGCUUUACCCCAGCCAUGGGCUCCAUAUUCCAGUUUGGAAAGCCACCUGCCAUGCCUGUAUCAACCACAAUCACCACCUUUGGCCAGUCCCUCCCCAGUGCUGUUCAGACAGCCACGAGCAGCAGCACUGCCAGCUUCAGUGGCUUUGGCAGCACCCUGACCACCUCAGCCCCAGCCACCACCAGCCAGUCUGCACUGACGUUCACUAACACGACCACCCCAGCAUUCAACAUUCCCUUUGGCUCAAGCACCAAGCCUCCUCUCCCAUCGUAUCCUGGAGCCAACCCCCAGCCUGCAUUUGGGGCCACUAAUGGGCAGCCACAGGGGGCCACCAAGCCUACCCUUGCCCCAAGCUUCGGCAGCUCUUUCACAUUUGGAAACUCUGCAGCUCCAGCCCCAGCUGCAACUCCAGCGCCAACCCCAGCCCAGUCAGCCUUUGGCAGCACUACGCAUUCAGCUUUCGGUGGGUUGAAAACCUCAGCCUCUGCCUUUGGCACACCUGCCAGCACUCAGCCAGCCUUUGGUAGCACCACAGCUGUUUUCUCCUUUGGUGCACCCACCACAUCUGGCUUUGGAGCUACAACCCAAACCACCAGCAGUGGGACCAGUAGCUCAGUGUUUGGUCCUUUCACGUUUGGGGCAUCAGCAGCCUCAACUGGCAGUGGGGGCUUUGGGAUCAAUGUGGCUACCCCAGGUGCCAGCUCUACCUCUGGAGCGUUUAGCUUUGGAGCAGGACAGAGUGGGACCACAGGCACCACCACCCCGUUUGGGGGGAAUUUAGGUCAGAACACCCUGGGCACACCCAGCCAGAGCACACCCUUUGCCUUCAAUGUGGCCACACCUGACAACAAACCUGUGUUUGGAGGCACCUCCACUCCCACCUUUGGUCAGAACACCCCUACCCCUGGAGUGGGCACAUCAAGCAGCACCCUCUCCUUUGGGGCAUCCUCAACACCUACCCAAGGCUUUGUCGGAGUUGGACCCUUCGGAUCGGCGGCCCCUUCAUUUUCCAUUGGUGCGGGAUCCAAGACCCCAGGGGCUCGACAGCGACUGCAAGCUCGAAGGCAGCACACCCGCAAAAAAUAGCCUUUGUCCCUUGACCCUGUUUCCCCACCCCUUCCCCAAAUCUGGACCUUGGCACCUGCUAAGAAGAGCCUUUGACCUUUCGAGUUCCAUAAAGCAAAUCUGCCCCAGAUCUCUGGCUUUAGGCACCAGCAGGGUAGUGGCAGCCUUGGUGUCCUUUGCCUUCUCCUGGAGGAAGUACCAGCCUUGGGGAGGGGGAGGCUGGUUAUGGCAGGGCAGAGCCUGAGACCUUUACUUGAACAAUCCCACUGGUGAGGCUGGAGAACUAAGGAAACAUCUGUAUAUACCGUUCACUCAACUUCCCUGACUCUUGCUUAGUGUGUAACUAUAGUCAGGCGGCCGCCCUGCCCACCUUUUCCCUGAGAGCCAUCAUUGCUGGAGCAAAUAAGGUGCAGCCCACUUGGAUCUCUAUGCAUUUGAUGGGAUUGGGGGAAACUGAUUAUCCUUAAAGCUUUUCCUUGCUUGGCUUGGCUAUAAGAAGUGGCUCUCUUCCUCAGGUCCCUUGAUGGGGCCUCUUUCCCCUUAUCUUGCUGCUUUAUCCCUCACUGGUUCCUUGUAGGAUUUAAUCCUUUUUAAAAUGAUCUUGAAUCUAGCUUUGCCUUGGAGACCCCAGUGGGUGCUGCUCCUGCCGUUUUCCUCCUGCCAAUUCUGAGUCAAUGUUUCAUCUCUAAACCUCUCUGCCAGUUUGGCCCCUAAAAGCUUGGUGGCUCAAGACUGUUAGCCUGGCAGAGCCAGGGGUGAGAUACCUCGCUCCAGGAGGAAAAAGCUCUUGGAGCAGGCAGGACGCCCACCGCUGCUUUCAGCUGCCUCCUCCCCCACCUAGCCGUUGGCCUCAUUGGGCCCUGUCUGCCUCUCCAGGAUUGUAUGUCAAGCCUUGUCCUGUGUUAUUUGUCUGAUGCUCAUGUCUAUUGCUCUUUGAAUCGAGUUUGGAGGAAGAAUUGAAUCGUAUGAGUGGCGGCAUGUUGGUAAUGCCGGACUUAACUGUUUCAAGUUUUCUGGGGCUUAAUUGAAUGUGGAAAGUAGCACCGCUUUAUGGCUACAAGUGCUGACUCCUGAAUUUUCAAAUGGUGUUUUGACUUAAGGGCUGGCAGCCCAGGAGGGUGGGUUCUGGGGGAAGCAAAUACCUUCCUGCUAUUAUUUCUUUCCCACUUACCUAACCUCACUGGAAGCUAAAUAACCCCUACUAUAUGUUGGGAAACAUAAAUUAAUGAACCAUAGUUUUAGGUUGUACCUUAGUUAUUUUUCCCUGACAAGGAAAUCCAUCCCCUUUUC